UACUCAGUUUCUGUUUUUAAUCCAGUCAAACUCAAGUGUAACGUCUGGCUGUGACUGACCACACACACACAUAAAAGAUCACCGACAUACGCAGGAUGUUCAUGAACUUCUGUGAGAACAAUGAUCCUUUAAUCCUAAUCUGUUUUUGUUGUUAAUGCCUUAACGGAGCUGCUAAUCUAACAAACGUACGCCUGCUGACUGCAUGCUUCCUCUUGCAGAGGUCUUGAGGUUUGAAGGUGGAGCUUUGUGGGGGUUCCUCCUGGUUUCACUUGCAGCUCUCCAAGCUUCUGACGUUUUAGUCUCGAGUGUCUCCAUCUCUGCUGUCAUGGUAGACAUCGCCUACUUCUCUCAGGAUCCGUUUUAGUGUUUGGUAUUGGUGAUAAAAAUGAAGAGGAUCCGGUACCUGGUGUACCUGUGGACUGUGGUCAUCACACAGACUGGGUUUGGUGUUAGCGGCAGCUUUUUGCAUCUGGAGCGGCAGCAGGGCGAGUCUGUGGAGUUUUCCUGCCACAUGGAGCCCGGGAGCCCGCUGCCCUACGGUUUCUAUCUGAAACGCACCUGGCUUCAGCCCCGCACAGUGUUCUUCUGGUACCAGAACGAUCCUCCGGACGUGAAAGAUGCAGCAGACAAAGGCCGCCUGAGCAUCAGCGGAGACCCGAGCAGCCAUGCCGUUAACGUGAGCUUCUCCCAGCUGAAAGCUGCAGACACCGACCGGUACUCCUGCGAGUUUAUGGUGGAGAGAAAUGGAAAGGAGGAUGAGAAGAUCCCAGGAAGGACUGAAUUCUUUCUCUAUGUUUCAUCUGAUGAUGUCUCGGUGGACGUGGAGUUGGUACAAACCUGUGUUGGGGGCUCAGCGGUGCUUCCCUGUCACACCCCGAAUGGGGAAGGCUUGGCCGUGGAGGGGCUGAGUCUGAAGAGGCAAAAGGGCCGAACGCCUGUGGAGGUGGUGUACCACUCCAAGCAGCACCACAGCAGCAACCAUUUUCCUGCUGAGAGGGUCCAGCUGUCCUCGGCUCCCAGCCCGCAUGGCAUCACCUACAACGUGACCCUGCAGCAGCUCCAGGUGGAGGACAGCGCCCUCUACAGUUGCCAGCUGCUCCUGCAUGGCAGGCCCGACCGCAGCACCCAUCUGGAGAGAAGAACGUUCUUUGUUUCUGUGCAAGGCGAGGAGUGUGGCUGCUCCAACUCCUCCGCCCUCCUGUACGCUCUGUCUGCUGCUGUGGGCGCUCUCCUCCUGCUCCUCGUUGGAUUUGUCCUCAUGUCCAAAGUAAAAGCUCGCAGUGGUGCAAAGAUGCAGCCUCCGCCGCCGGUCUACGAGGAGAUGGUCGGGGUGCAGUCUCCCUGUGGAAAACUGGCCUCGCUGCGUUUGGAGGAAGCGGAGUCAGCUGAGUACAGCAACGGCCAGCGGAGGAAGGCCACCUCUGAAAACCAUUACGAAAGCCCCCGUGGAGGACUCCUCCGCACCAACUGUCACACAUGAAUGUUUAACAUCGCUACUAUUUCAUGAAGUGGAUUAGAAAAUCGUGGCAUAUUUUUAUUUUCCAGUUGAAUAUUUGUAUAAACAUCUAUUUUCCUAAGAACUAUUUUUCUAUCUUUCAUCAGGCCUGUGUUGGUUUAAAUCCCAGUACUGGAUCACUGAGAUGGUUAGAAAUACACUGAAGCUGAAACUGAACAUUAACACGAUUCCUGAAGUUCAGAGCAUGGACGUCAUUUUCGCUUUAGAAGGGGGGGGGGGGGGGGUAUCUUUACAGUAUGCUCUAAUGGGAAACAGGCUUCAACACAAACGGUUGUUUUCUACUUGGUCUUAGAGCUCAACCAGUGUCAGUGUAAUAUUGCGUAAUAUUGUUUUUGGAUGGUAAAAAGUGCAGGGGUCAAAACUUGACUUUGGAAAAAGUGGGGGGGGGGGGGACAUGUCCCCCCUGUCCCCCCCAAAAUUACGUCCAUGGUUCAGAACAACUUUAUUUAUCAUCCGCAAAUUAUAUUAAAUUUGAGUGAACUUGUUUCGAUUUGUCUUUUAUUCUUUAUAUAAAUGAUUUUCACUGA